AUGAAGAAUUCUCUCUGGCUCGUGGCUCAGACUCUUAUAAUCGAAAGCAACGUUCCCGAUCCCAACCACGAAGAUCGGCUCAUCCGACGUACCAUUCUAUUCCUUCAUCCCCUUGCGGUUCUCGAUCUGGGCUUGCCCCCAGUGGUGCUGCUGCUGGCCAUAGCAACAAUUUGGAUGCUACUUUUGGCCAAGUGCCUCCUCCAACUUCUAGCGCACGGAAACAUUCGCCAAAUUUCAAUACCAACGCGUCUCGCCGACACACUUCUCCCGGGUCUCGCUCUCUCAGUGGGCAGUCUGAUUCGCGGUCACAUCGCCGCACACGGCAUACUGACCUUUUGCUUUCUGAUCAGCAAUCGGGUUCAGAAAAGCGAAAACUAG